AAAUGACUUCAGUAACCUGGUAGCGGAGGAAUAUCUGAAGUUUUUUGACUUCCACGGUGACACUCUAGACCAAGCUCUGCGGAAAUUUCUGCUCAGAUUUUCUCUUUACGGAGAAACCCAGGAGAGAGAGCGGGUGCUGGCUCACUUCUCCCACAGAUUUAUGGAAUGCAAUGAGGGAUCAUUCAACUCAGAGGACGCCUGCCAUACUCUGACGUGUGCAAUAAUGCUGCUCAACUCUGACCUGCAUUCUCCCAAUGUUGGCAGGAGGAUGACAUGCCAGGAAUUUAUUGACAAUCUUGCCGAUCUCAAUGAUGGGGAGGAUUUCUCCAAGGAGGUGUUGAAGGCGAUAUACCAGUCGAUUAAAAAUGAGCCGCUUGAGUGGGCAGUGGAUGAAGCAUCACCUGAAAAAGAAGGCAGCCAAUUAGUGGACCAAAGCGGACAGCGGCAGAUGACUAUUCCCUCAUCAUUGGGCAGUAAUCCAUUCCUGGAGAUUCCGGACCCAAAUAAAACCACAGAAUACAAGAAAGGAUAUGUCAUGCGGAAAUGCUGUGUCGAUUCUGAUAGAAGAAAAACUCCGUUUGGCAAGAGAGGAUGGAAGAUGAUGUAUGCUGUACUCCGAGACAUGAUUCUCUACCAGUAUAAGGAUGAGCAUCAGUUAAAGAGGGGACACUUUGUUGAGAGUGCCCACAAUGCAAUUCGUAUUCAUCAUGCCUUGGCAACCAAAGCCACGGAUUACACUAAAAAGCAGCACGUGUUUCGGCUGCAGACGGCAGAUGGUGCAGAAUUUCUCUUCCAAACAGGGGAUAGUAAAGAGCUCCAGGAAUGGAUUGAUACAAUCAACUUGGUGGCAGCUUCGCUAUCUGCGCCUGUUUUGCCGGGUGCCGUGGGUUCAAGGACCAAGUUUCAGAGGCAGCUGCUGCCCUCGUCUCACACCCGGUUAAAUUUAAAAGAACAGCUGCAGAGCCACGAAAUGAAAGUUAAAGAGUUGGAACAGGAGCUCCUUUCUCACAGGGCAACUGCUCCAGAGAAAGGGACCAAGUCUUCCAUCAUCCAGGAGUACCUUGAUAAGGAGAAUUAUCUAGAAUUUGAGAUCAAGAGAUUCAAGACCUACUUCUAUCUUCUUCAAAGCAAACUGAUGUCGCUUCCAGUACUGGAGCCAUCCCUUGUGGAAACCACCAUUGGGGAGUAUGAGGAGAUGGGGGCAGUCCCCACGAUGGGUGUACCUCAUCAGACAACAGUUGUGGUGAAUGUGGGUCAGCUGGCUCCCUCAGCUAGGACUGUACAGCGGAGCCUGUCUGAUAGAUAUAGCUAUCGGGCAGCCAUUUAUCAGACAGAUUGU